AUGAUGGCUUCUACAUCGUAUCGACACUUCAAAGUCUCGGUGCCCCAAGAAUUUGUCACCCACGUGGAAAUCAACCGGGUCGACAAGGUGAAUGUCUUUACAGAAGACAUGUGGAUGGAGCUUCGACAGGUCUUUGACGACCUCUCAGAGGAUGAUUCAGUGCGGGCCAUUGUGCUCUCGGGCGCUGGGGAGCGAGGCUUCUCUACCGGGCUCGACCUGGCGGCCGCCCUGUCUCCCGGCUCCCUCUUCAAUCCACGCCCAGAAGGCAUUGCCGAUGGUGCGCGAUACGCAGCGCGGGUCCGAAAGUUCGCCGUCCGCGCCCAGGACUGCGUGACGAGCAUUGAGCGAUGCGAGAAACUCUGCUCCGCCGUCAUCUGCGUCCUGCAUGGCAUCACGGUCGGGCUGGCAGUCGACAUUGCUACGUGUGCCGACCUACGGCUGUGCACGUCCGACGUGACGUUCAGCGUCAAAGAGGUCGAUGCGGGACUGGCGGCCGAUGUGAGCACCCUGACUCGGCUGCCCAAGAUUGUCGGCUCGGCCUUCGGGGCGGACGAGGCGCUCCGCGUGGGCUUCGCCAACAGUAUCUGGCCGACCAAGGCUGCCGCAUUUCACGAAGCUCUCCGCAUCGCGGUUGCCAUAGCCAGCAAGAGCCCUGUCGCCGUGCAGGGGACGAAGAACUUCCUGGACUGGUGUCGUGACCACGACAUUGCCACCGGCUUGAGGUAUACCGCCGUGUGGAAUGGCGGCGCCUUGAACACCAAAGACAUUCCCCACUCGAUCAGAGCAAUCCAGGUGUUGUACACAGAAUGA